CUUUUCAACAUGUUACAACCACUACUACUAGCCUACUUAACAAUGUCCGCAUUUUCAAUUAUCCCAACCCAUUUCCCUUUCAAGGAGCAUCUCACGAAACAACCAGCAUCCCCUGCGACCAGUGUUACCACAGGAUACUUGUCUCAAAAACUGGACCAUUUCUCAAAUGACUCCCAGGUUUUCUUCACUCAACAAUAUUUUUACACGGAACGCCUCUCGGUUUCCAACCAAAAAGUGGCAUUUUUGUACGUUAAUACCGAGGGAAAUGAGGAGAUCGCAGUUAUGACGGAUGAGAGGAGCCCAGUGGUGAAGGCGGCAAAAAGAUUCGGAGCUCAGCUGUUUGCACUGAAGCAUCGGUAUUAUGGAGCAUCGAAACCCAAUUUUCAAAACUUCGACGCUUCAGCUCUCCGCUACCUCACGUCCCGUCAGGCCAUCCAGGACAUCCUUUCCUUCAUCAAAUACGCCAACACCCAGUUCAACAUGAACCCAGAUGUCAGAUGGGUGUUAUGGGGUACCGGAUACGGUGGGAUCCUUGCCGCAGAAGCCAGAAAAACGGAUCCAGUCGCUGUCUCGGGAGCAAUUUCCAGCUCCGCUCCACUCCGGCGACUCUAUGAUUUCUGGCAGUUUAACGACUUUGUCGGAAAUACCCUUAUGCAAAUUGGAGGUUCCAAUUGCUAUGGUCGAGUUCAACAAGGAUUCGCAGAUAUCCGACAGGCAAUGAAAACCACUGCCGGUAGAUCACAAAUAUCGGAUCUGUUCCAGUUGAACCCUCGGUUGGAUCAAACGCAGCUCGGGUACAAUGACAUUCAGAUGUUCUACACGGCGAUUAUUGGUCCGUUUCAGGAAAUUGUGCAGUUUAAUAAUGAUUUCAACAUCUCCAUCACCGACAUGUGCACCAUAAUUGCCAACAGCUCCUGGACCAAUAUGGAAGUAGUCCGCCAGGCUUACGUCUACUUGAGCACCACAUUAACGGGCUCCGUACAACCAAUGACUAUAGCAUCCUAUCAAAAAGUGGUCAAUGAUUUGAAGAAUGAUAGUGUCAGCUCCCCGUUUGUUGAAAACCGCAUGUGGACCUACCAAAUCUGCACGGAACUCGGCUGGUUCCCCACUACCAACAACAACGAGCAGGGACUCUUCGGAGCAGUUGUCCCCACGAGCAUCUACAUCAACCAAUGCUCGGACAUCUUCCCCGACGCCAGCCUAACCGCAACCUCUAUCCGUGACUCAAUCGUCAGCUCAGAUUCCGUGUACACUGGCACCAAUGUAGUCUUCACCAAUGGAUUCUACGAUCCUUGGAGUGUGCUGGGACAGGAGACGAGCCGGGACUUCUCGGUGGUGGCCUAUGUGAUCCCUGGGGCUUCCUAUCUGAGUGACUUCUUCCCGGGAGAUUCUGACAAUCAGUAUAUCCAGAAAGCCCAUGAUUUGAUGAUUGAGAAUAUUAAUAUUUGGGUGAACGGGCCCAAAAGUACCAGGAUCCUAGGGGAUCCUACAGUUCCUUGGACCCCUCCACAGCUUGGAGGCUCGGAAGCUUCAGAGCUUCAGAGUAGUAAGGUUUUUUCUAGAACCUUGCCUAGGACCCCCUCCAGAGGAAUAUUCCAUCGAAGACACCUGGAACUUCUAGCCUCCUCCUACCCAGCAGGCUUCGAGCAGGGAACCUUCCGACAGCGCCAGGACCACUUUGACAAUCUCAACGUGGACUUCUUCCAGCAAAAGUUUUACAAAAACUCGCAAUGGGCCAGGCCGGGCGGCCCGAAUUUCCUGAUGAUCGGCGGACAGGAGGCAGAGGGUGAGAGUUGGGUGUUGAACGAGAAGCUUCCCUGGUUGAUAUCGGCGCAGAAGUACGGAGCGACGGUGUACCUGUUGGAGCAUCGGUUCUAUGGGGAUAGUCUUGUGGGAAACAACACCAACCUAAACCUGCUCAGCUCCCUGCAGGUCCUCUACGACUCUGCCGAAUUCAUCAAAGCCAUCAACUACAAAACGCAAUCCUCAACCCCUUGGAUCACUUUCGGAAGAUCCUUCCCCUUGUCAGCAUGGACCAGAGCCAUAUUCCCAGACCUUGUCACAGGAGCAGUCUCCUCAUCAGGUGCCAUUUUGGCGAAAACCGACUUUUUCGAGUACCUAAUGGUUAUGGAGACUUCAAUUCGAAAAUAUGACAACUCGUGUGCAGAUCGGAUAAAAUCCGGUUUUGAUGAGAUCAGAGGCUUGUUCCUAACCUCGGAAGGUCGGCAAGAUCUAUCCAAGAUCUUCCAGCUAUUGCCAGGAUUCUCGGAAAAUGUCACAGAAACCGAUCAACAUUUCUUCUUCUCGAAUCUAUACUCAAAUUUCCAACUUGCCGUUCAAUUCUCCGGGGAUAACUCGGGCCCGUGGGCUGAUGGAUAUGGAAUUCCUGAGAUGUGCAGGUUUAUGACCGGCGCUGGGACCCCGCUAGACAAUAUAGUCGCUUUUAAUGCCUAUAUGACGUCAUUUAACAACGGAGGAGGCACUUAUACCGGGAUGGGUAAUAAUUAUACGGCUAUGAUCUACAAUUUGAAAAACUCAAAGGAUUACGGGGAGGGUGUCGAUCCGACGCUUCUCUGGACAUGGCAGACUUGUACGGAGUAUGGGGGAUUUCAGUCGGCGGAUUCAGGAAGCGGAUUGUUUGGAUCCCCGGUGCCGGUUAGUUUCCUCAUCCAAAUGUGCAUGGAUCUCUUCGGCAACACGUAUGACCGCUCAAAAAUCGAUUCCCUCAUCGAUUUCACCAACUACAAGUACGGAGGACGUGACAACUUCAAGGGCUCGAAUGUAGUAUUCAUCAAUGGAAACAUCGACCCGUACCAUGUCCUAGGGCUCUUUAACUCCCCGGAUAGCUCAGUAGUGUCCUACCUUAUCGAUGGAAGCUCCCACUGUGCAGACAUGUUCCCGGCUAGGGAUUCAGAUGUUCCCGGGUUGAAGGUGGCCAGGGAUCUUGUAGAUCAAAAUAUUGGGGUCUGGUUGGGGGGUCAGGUGAAUAUUACCACCACUACAGCUACUACGACCUCGAAUUCAACUAGCUAUCCUUCAACGUUGUACUCUUUGGAGCCCACCACAACUAAAUCUACAUCAGUUAAUAGAGUUUUUAUUUCAUUCUGUGUAAUUAUGUUCGACUUCCUUGUUUUAUAAUUCGAAUAAAGUUACAUUAACUUUAUUAGUA